AACUAAUCGUGUCAAAUUGUCAAUAGCGUCUUGAAGAAGCUCCCCGUAAAAACCUUAAACCCUCCAAUGGCGGUUUCUCUCUCUUCCUCCCCCUAAACACUCACCACCACCACCACCAACAACAGUCCACCACCGUGACGCCGCCUUCUCUUCUGCCGCUCUCAUUAAAAUGAGCAAAGAAAUGAAGUUCAGCAUACUGGUAAGCCUCUUCGAGAAAGUUUCAAAAGCAAAACCUCCCGAUAAACGCACUAAAUUCCUGAAAUUCCUCGAAAUCUUCUGCAAACCUAGCGAUUAUUUCCCGUCAAUUCGCCUCAUUUUACCUACCUUAGAUCGCGAACGAGCUUCAUAUCAUCUCAAAGAAUCAGUCCUCGCUACCUCUCUCAUCGACGCCCUCGGCGUUUCUCGCGACUCUGAAGACGCCAAAAAACUAAUCAAUUGGCGCAAAGGCGGCACCAAAGUCGCCGGGAAAUACGCCGGUAACUUCUCUUAUAUCGUCGCUGAGUUCCUCAUGCGCCGGCAAUCGUCCGUCUCCGGCGACCUCACUGUUCGCGAGCUCAACGAGCUCCUCGACCGACUCGCGAACGCCGGCCGCGGUGCAAAAUCCGAUAUACUCGGCGAGAUGAUAAGGAGGACGAAUUGGCAAGAGAUGAAGUGGAUAGUCAUGAUAAUUUUGAAGGAAUUGAAGAUAGGUCUUUCUGAGAAGAUUGUAUUUGAUGUAUUUCAUCCUGAUGCUGAGGAUUUGUUCAAUGUAACGUGUGAUUUACGCCUUGUUUGUGAGAAAUUGAGUGAUCGGAAUGUUAGGCAUAAGAGACAAGACAUUCAGGUUGGAAAAGCUGUAAUUCCUCAGAAAGCAGAUAGAGCUCUGGAUUGCAGAGAUGCGUUGAAGAAUCUUCAUGGGAAGGAGGUUGUUGUUGAGUGCAAAUUCGACGGGUUUCGAAUCCAAAUUCACAAGGAUGGUGGUAAGAUUAACUACUUUUCCCCAAAUUAUCAUGAUCAUGAUGAAUAUGCACCUGCUAUGUCGAAUGUUAUUGUUGAUAAUGUGUUAGUUGAUAAGUGUAUUCUUGAUGGGGAAAUGCUGGUUUGGGAUAAUUCAAUUAAUCGUUUCGAUGUUUUCGGGACGAUUAAGGAGAUUUCUAAGGGUGUUAAAGAGGGUGUAGAUAGUGAGAAAUCGCUGUGUUUUGUUGCUUUUGAUGUGCUUUAUGUUGGGGAUACUAGUGUGAUUCAUCAAACUUUGAAAGAGAGGCAUGAACUUCUUAGAAAGGUUGUGAGACCCGUUAAUGGCCGAUUGGUGAUCUUGUUGCCAAAUGAUAGUAGUAGUAGUAGUAAAGAUAAUAGUCAGCGUGCUGGUGAGCGAUGUUGGUCGAUUGUGGCUAACCACGUUGAUGAUGCCGAGAGGUUUUUUAAGGAGACUGUUGAGAAUCGGGAUGAAGGGGUUAUUAUUAAGGAUCUUGGUUCGAAAUGGGAACCGGGUGAUACGAGUAGGUCAUGGCUCAAGGUGAAGCCUGAUUAUGGUAAUGCAGGGGCCGAUUUAGAUGUUUUGAUUAUUGGAGGGUAUUAUGGUUCAGGUCGCCGUGGAGGGGAGAUUGGUCAGUUUUUGGUUGGUCUUGCAGAGAAGUCUAGUUCAGGUUCUUACCCUAGGAGGUUCGUGUCCUUUUGUAGGGUUGGUACAGGGUUAACUGAUGAGGAACUUGAUGAAUUAGUGACAAAACUGAAACCCUAUUUUAGGAAGUACGAGUAUCCAACGAAAUCACCCCCGAGUUUUUACAAAGUUACUAAUCACGCUAAAGAAAGACCAGAUGUUUGGGUUGAGAGCCCUGAAAAGUCGGUGAUUGUGUCAAUUACGAGUGAUAUUCGUACCAUAAGUUCUGAGGUUUUUGCUGCACCGUACUGCUUGAGGUUUCCUCGGAUUGAUCGGGUGAGAUAUGAUAAGCCUUGGCAUGAUUGUUUUGAUGUUCAGUCUUUCCUUGAGUUGGUAGUUAUGAGUAAUGGGACAACAAAAAGAAGAGGUGGUGCAGAUAAUAAUCAAGGGUUGCCAAAACGUGCACGGACUUUGAAAAAUGGAGGAGGAAAUAAAAGACUCAAUCUCACAGUUCCUUCUCAUUUCACUCAGACUGAUGUUUCUAAAGUGAAGGGGGAAUCACAACUUUUUUCUGGUAUUGUAUUUCACUUUGUGAAUGUGCCUUCUGAACAUUCGUUGGAUUCUCUCCACAAGUUGGUUGUUGAGAAUGGUGGAACUUUUUCCAUGAAUUUGAACAACACGGUUACUCAUUGUGUUGGGGCAGAGAGUCGAGGGAUCAAGUAUGAGGCGGUAAAGAGGCGUGGAUGCGAUGUUAUCCACUACUCUUGGGUUUUCGAUUGUUGCUCACAGAAGCAGCUCCUCACCUUGAUGCCCAAACAUUAUGUCUUCCUUUCCGACUCUACAAGAAAGAAGUUACAAGAACAGAUUGAUGAAUAUUCAGACUCUUACUUUUGUGAUCUUAGCGUUGUUGAGUUGAAACAGAUCUUUUGCAACGUGAUCAGAUCAGAAGAUGCAAAAAUGGUUGACCACUACAAGAAAAAGUACUGUCCGCGUGAAAAAUGGGGUGUUUUCCGUGGUUGCUGCAUAUAUUUCCACCCAUUUGCAAAAUCCAAUUCCGCUUCUUGGGACAUCUUUUUGAAAAUAGCUACACGGAGAAUGAAAGUAGAAGUAUCUUUAGGUGGUGGGGAAGUUUGUGACAACCCUUCUCAAGCAACCCAUAUAGUAGUCGUGUCAGUCCCGGGACAUGAGCUUAAAUUUGAAACCUUGUUACAGAGUUUCCCAGCGAACCAGCAAUCUAUCUUACGUAGGAGAAGACUUAAUGUUGUGGGGUCACAGUGGUUGGAGGAUUGCCUCAAAAAGGAGCAGAAAUUGCCCGAAGUGGCAUACAACCUGAAACCAACUACCUUCGAAGAAUCUGCUUCUGAUGAAGAGAAAGGUGGAAAUGAUGAUGGUUAUGAAGAAAAGCCGAGGAAGUCUGUUUCAAAAACCGUUCCCCGUAUCACGGAACCCAAAAGAAAACGGGGAAGGGCUGUUGGAGCAAGCACUAGGAAAAGCAAAACAAUUGUCAGCAAACCUCCGAGUACAAAAAGGGCCAGAGUUGGAAGCAGACCUGCUAAAUUACAUGAAAUUUCCUUAGAAGACGACUUUAGUGAGCAUGAAACUGAUGAAAUGGCAACGGGCAUAUCCUUUGAUGAUAAGCAUAACGAGCAGGAUAUUCUCGGGAAAUCUGGUCUUGAAACUGGGAACUUUGGAUUAUGCUCAAAACACGGUUUAUCAGAAAAGAACAAGGAGAUUAAGGAAGAAAUCAAGACUGAUGAACUGGCAAAAGCAAACCAUAUCACCCAGAAGAAUGUUUUUGAUGAUAAAUCUGGUCUUGAAAAGAACGAAGAGAAUGUGGAAGAACAGAAGCCUGACUUUAAUGAGAAGAGGAAACACUGCUUUCAAAAUUCUGGGUUUGUUACGUGCAGUAAACCGGAUAAAGACAGAGAUUACUCCUCUACUACAGGGAAAUUGGAUGUGAUGGUUGAUUCAGUUCAUGGGUUAUUGUUAGAUUUGAUCCCAGGUCUUGCUACUAAUGUUGCUUCAGAAAACAAAGGUUUACCAUCAACACAAACACAAGAUGGAUCUUUUGUAGAACCGGCGACAGGAGAACCAGUGAAGAAGAAGAAAGUUAGCUAUAGGGAACUUGCAAAGCAGCUGCUUAAGGACUGAGGUAAAUCCAUUUGUUACUGCAUUAUGUUUUUCUCUGAUCAUUUUGUAAAAUGAUGUACAGUGACAGUGCAUUUUACAGUGUCAAUUUGAAUGCAUCUUGCAUUUUAUCUCUA